GGGGGUUUCAGUGAUCAGGAAAAACAUUCAUUAUAGGCCUGAGUAAUUGUUUCAAACUUUCUGGUCUUAAUAAAAACAAAUUAAGCUUUCAAAUACAUGUUUGCUUCUUUAGUUAUUUAGUUAGUUAUUUCAUAUUUAACUGAAACUGACUGUCAGAUGGACAUUGGUACAUAAUAUCAUCUUUGGGCUUCAAACCCGAUUAAAUAUCUGUGUACAGUUAUAGGAGGAUUUUUCCCUAUUUUCUGCCAAUGUUGAAUUUAAUAAUAAUAAUGACAAUAAUACAUUUUAUUAUAGACUCUUUGCCACCGUCAUGAGAAGUGACAGAUUUUCCUAUAUCCUGUCAAAAUAUCAUAAGUGUGGAUCUGGAGCUGCCAGUAUCGGAAGCCCCAUAUCGGUCGAAGCCUAAUUUAAACCCCUAUCCUCCAGACCACAACAGGUGCCCCCUCCUCCCCUCCCGUUAGGCUCCACCUGUCUUCCCUUCUCCUGGGCUCGCGACCCAGAAAGCAGCCGUCAUUCAUUACAAAUGGUAUGCCGAUCCGCCGGGGGCCGGGCGGCACAAACCCCCUCGGUCACCGGAUCGGCGGCAGCUGCUCGGCCCCCGGUUCUAUUUUCACCCUCAGGAUAAAGUGAUGUGCAGCCGCCGCCCGCCCGCACGGCCCCAGCAGCUCCAGUCAGACCACAGCAGAGCCAGGAUGAAGUCCACAGGCAGUGAGCGCAGCGCGCAGCCCGACUGCUUCACCUCCGACCUGGACGACCUGGACACGAGCAGCGACAGCUCCGACGGGAAGUCCACCGGCGGCUGCAGCCCGCGCAGAGAGCCGGAGGAUGCUACAGGGAAGGAGACGGUCCCCGGUGGAAGUUCUCGUUCCGGUGCCUCCAGGCGGAGGAGAAGGCGGAGAAGGAACAGCUCCGGAGGUGGAAGAGGCGACGGAGACGCGCAUCUGUCUGGAGUGAGCAAACAAAGACAAGCGGCCAACGCGCGGGAGCGGGACAGGACGCACAGCGUCAACACGGCCUUCACUGCGCUCCGCACGCUCAUUCCCACCGAGCCGGCCGACAGGAAGCUCUCCAAGAUAGAGACACUGCGCCUGGCGUCCAGCUACAUCUCCCACCUGGCCAACGUGCUGCUGCUGGGGGAGGACUGCCGGGACGGACAGCCCUGCCUCCGCUACCAGAGCAUCCUGCACGGCCCCGGCGCGCCCUCCCUGCGGCCCAUCUGCACUUUCUGCCUCAGCAACCAGAGGAAACUGCUCAGAGAUGGAGGGAAGCACUCAGCCGCUGUGUGAAGCAAAGCGGCUCCGGACAGACGAGGAGUCCAUCUUGAUGUUGUUUACAUGUAGACACGUGGCGUAUAAACACACCUGUAGGACUUUGUACAUAUAUAUAUAUAAAUAUAUUUAUUUUUGGAUUAGACUAGAGAACCAAAGACACAACUAACACUGAAAAGCACUUUCUGUUCACGUUCGUGUGCUUCUGAACCUCUGUGUUUUGGUUGAGCUGUAACCUGAGCCAAUGUGUAAAGUUGCACCUGACGGGGGGCUAUUUUAGUCCCACGAAUAGUACAACCCCCCCACCCCCCCCACCGUGUGUCUGACUAAUAAAAAAAGCCUUGUCGCCUUCAGUCACAUGAAGGAAACUGAAGAGCUGCUACUGCAGCGGUUGCUGUCAGUUGAGCGGCUUUAAUGCUGCCUUCAAGUGCUGUUAGAAUUAUUGCAAUUAUGCAGGGGCACUUUAAAGGGCCAGUAACUGAGCUAUCACCUCUAGUGGUGAAAAGUAGGAACUGCAAUAACACUGCUCUGUCCACAUUAAAAGCCUGGUCAUGUUGCUAAGGGUUUGUAGUGACAUCCUACACAAAGAGCAACAAGAGAUUGCACUAUUUGUUUCGCAACACUGCGAGAAACGUGUGUUUUUUGUCAAAUUAACCACAGGUAUGACAUCUAGCGUCAUCCUGUAUUUCAGACAAAAAGCAAGGCCGACUUUAGACGCAACGUGACCGCACGGUGGGAAGACACCGCCGCGCGUAAAUUCUCUCUGGGUGGCACAAAUUGAUGCGAUGGAUCUACUUAAUAAAUGAAGAGAUGAGAGGAAAAAGGAAAGAACGAGGUGGAAAACAACAGAAAGAAGGUGAAAUGAAUGAAGCACGACCUUAAAAACCUUUAUUACAAUCACAAAUAAGUGGGGGGUCAAUUUGGGAGAGAGAUUAUACAUAUCUAAGUUACUUUGGAUAAACUCGGGAAGAUUUAAUCGAGUUUUACUUUCGAAGAUGGUGCCCUGGUUGAGUCCGCUACGGCGACAGUUUCUGUACAUAUGCAAAUGAAUAGCUGUCACUAUUUUGCACAAAGAUAAGUAUGAAUUUCUUGAGAAAUCGGCUCAGUCACACGUGCGACAGCAUGAGUUUUGAGCCUCCGUUGAUGUGACGUGAUACGACUUUUCAGUCAAGUUUUUUUUGUGAGUAUGUCACUCCUGCAACGGGCAAACGUUCUACACCGAGUGGUAGGCUGGUUAAAGGCAGACAAAUAUUUGACCUGCUUUAUUAUUUUUAAAAUCUUAACUUUAACAAACAAAGUGGGAUUCGGGAUCAGGGAUGAUUUGAUUGGAUAAUGGUGGAAAUCAGACACUGUUGAUUUCAAAACAUUGGAACUAAAGGGUUAAUAAGUUAUUUGUUCCUAGUUUGACGAAGUCUCAUGGGAUACUACUUUGACUCUGUCUCUCUCUCUCGUUUGUCAAAAGUUUUGCUUUUGGCCUGAAUUCAAGAUGAACUGUUGAGAUAACUAUAUUUGCAGUGUGAUGAAAUGUUUACUAUUGCGUUGUUGCACAAUCUCUGUAUCACUUUAAAAACACGAAACUAAACGUUUUGUGUGCACGUGAAAGUGCGAUGCCCCGGCAUGCGACGUGCAUUAGGUUGCCUUUUGCACUUAUUUGGAAAAUAUAUAAUCAUUUUGCAAUCAUCUAGAUCCCCUGAUAUGAAUUACACAGCAAAUAUGGAUGGAAACUAUCACUGGAAAAUGUUGCACACUACCUCAAACCUGUUUUAAAUAUGAAGGCCUACCUCUAAAUCUAAUGUGUAACAUGACUGUAUAAAAACGUACUUGAAUACCUGACAACUGUGUCCUUUGCACAUUGCAAACAUUGAGAAGCUGCUUGAAGAUAAAUGUAUUUUUGUACAAUAAAGAUAAAAAUGAGAAUAUCAAGUUGUCUGCAAACGCUCUAAAAUGUAUUGUGUGGUGUAGUGUGUGGAUGCAACUGGACUAAAUCUAACGCAAUCCAAUUCACCAGCCUUCCAGUUAUUUGUACUAUUAAUAUUCCCCCUGGAAAGACGAUGACUUCUACAUUAAAUGAAGUGCUCUAAUGGAGGAUAAUGAAGCCAAUCAGACUAGGUUACAUCUGGAUGGAAAUCAACUGCUGCCAGGAAAAGAAAAAGUGAUUCAAAGCCACAGUAAACACAGAAAUGCUCAGGAUAAAACCAUAGUAAUGAGAUAUUAAAUUAAAAAGUAGACUCCAAUCAUGAUUAACAACUGACUGUGUAAAUCAGAAAUGUCUUACCAUGAGAUUUUUAGUGUUAAUGACCCACUCUUCCCGGCAGCAAUCAACUUCCACAAAUGACAUUACAUGUUUUGAGAUAGUUGAAGUUAAAAUAAUCUUCAUAAAUAUUCUAAAUGAUUUUAUAAUUCGAGAAAGAUUUAAGCGCGAUUCAAAUGCAAAAAUAUCAAUGUUAAGUGAUUUUUGUGACAAAUGAUUUGUUGGAAAAUUUGACAUCAUGCUCACAAAAUACUUUUCAACUUGCUCGCUUGUAGAGUUCUUCAAUAAUCUAAUAGAAACCGAAAGCUUGAUCUCUUUUUCCAUGCACUUUAUUCUGUUUAUUAUAGCUAAGAAAUUUUUGAUCUUGCAUCACAAUCUUAGUUCCGUAGCUACUUUCCUACGUAAAUACAAAGAACACAGGAAGAUCCAUUUCAAUAAUCUUUAUUUCAUAAAAAAGUCAAUCGGUUUAUAUCAGAUUAAAGAAAGUAGAAACCAAUAAUAAUCAGUUAGCUGGCGAGGCAUCUUACAGGGGUGCGUGUCUUCUGACGGACUGACCGGAGCGACCUCGACACGCAGUACAGGUUUACCCAAAAGUCAAGAAAGAAGGUAAGUUUAAGACCGAACAGGAGCCAAAAACGUGAGCUGGGCAAAAUAAAAAUAAAAUAAAAAGGAGAGGGAGAAAGAAGAAAAAGAAACUUUGGCCGAAUUACAUUAACAUUUUUGUCAGCCUCGUAGUCGCAUGGCAAAAAGGCAAACUUGAAUUUUUAACAAAUUCUGGUUCAGAUUCAUACAAGCAGCGGCUAUAGAGAUCACAUGGAAUGUUUUGUAUCCAAAUUACAGAAGGCAUUACAACAAUAAUACCGAAAAAAUGAAAAUAAAGAGAGGAGGAUCCAUAGUUUUCCGCUUCCACUGUCGGCCGCAACAUCAAACAUUACGAAUAAGGACUGAGCCCUUUUUUAUUUUGCUUAAAUAACGUUUAAAUGUUUAAGUGGAGGUGUGUGUGUUUGGGGAUAAAGUAGUAACAGGAGGUAGAAGAGAAAGAAGGGAAAACACAUUCUACUGCUCCUGCUUGUGUAAAAAAAAAAAAAAAAAAGAAAAAAGAAAAAAAGAAAA